UGCAAAUAGGUUCAUAGCCUGCGUUUUCGCCGUCGCUACCAGGUUUUGGAGUGGAACGACCGGCGAAGACUUGCCUCGUCCAGGCGUUCCGAAUACUUGUCGCCGCUGGUCGGAGUACAUUGCCUCGCAUCGCAUGCCGCGGCCUCCGCUUACUUGGAACAGUCCCCAGCAAGAUGGGGGACGCUGGUGGUGGUGGCGGCUUCGCGCUCGCCGUCGCGUUCACGGCCGCCCUGGCGUCCCUGUUCUUCCUCCUGCUCGGCGCCGUUAUCCUCCGGCACUGCUGGUGGCGGCGCAACGGCGCCGUCCCCGCGUCCACCCGCGGCGGCUUCGUCCUGUUCGACGUCUGCUUCACCGAAGACAGGCCGCGCCGCGCCGCGAGGCCGCCACCGUCCAUGGAGCGGAGCCGGCGGCGGGUGCCGCGGGAGAUCAACGGGGACGGCGAGGCCGCGGCGGCGGCGGCGGACGAGCAGGAGCCCGACGAGUGGGAGAUCGCGCGGUGGAAGAAGAUCUUCGGGGGCCCCACCAGGUGCCUGUCGACGAUAGAUGAGGGGACGGAGAAGGGCAGCACUACGGCGGCCACGACGCCCGCGUUCUGCACGCCGCCGGCGUCGCCCGACCGUCGUCGCGCGGAGGCCCGGGCUCUCGACAUGGCCUCCGUCGCGGCCCAAGUUCAGGCCCAACACCAUGGUUCUUAGACUAGUUCGUACUUUGUUGCGUUGCUGGUUGCUUGCUACGAUUCUUGAGCAGUAGUAACAAUUAGCUGAUCAAUCUAUUGUCAAUUACUAUAUCAUUCUUGUAGAAGAAUCAUGAACAACAUAGCGGUAAAAUAUCUGUAGAUGGAUGAAUGUCUAACAGAGCGUUCUAGCACUACUGCAAUUACCUGCAGGCUGCAGUUUAUGCCU